AGAGCAAAGGUAUCAUCAUACCCUCAUGUCUCACCAAAAAGCCUCUCACUCCUCCAAUCCAAUACUUAGAAAAGGAGCCCCAGACUGCACUCAUUCUCUCGUUAAAAAUAUAUAUCCCUCCCACAUACACUUCUUCCCCCACCCUUCUCCCUUAACCUUUCCACCUGAGGGAAUCAUCAUAGCUUUAGAGCAAGAGAGAUAGAGAUAGACACUGAAAGUGAUCAUGAAGGAGACCAUAAGGUGCUGCAUCUCCUGCAUCCUGCCAUGCGGCGCGCUGGACGUGGUCCGCAUCGUGCACGCCGACGGGCGCGUGGAGGAGAUCGGCGGCACGGUGAGCGCCGGCGAGAUCAUGCAGGCGUACCCCAAGCACGUACUUCGGAAGCCGCCUUCGGCCGUGUCGGAUGAUGGCGUCGUCCCCAACAAGGCAGUGAUUCUGCCACCCAAUGCCGAGCUCAAGAAAGGCAAGAUUUAUUUCCUCAUGCCGGUGUCGUCGGUGCCGGAGAAGGCUCGGUCGGGGAAUACGUCUAUGAGGAGGAGGAACAAGAAGAGAGAUGGGGAGAGCAAUGGAGUCCCCACCGAUAAGACGAGGCUUCUCGUCAGCGAGCGGUACUUGUCGGAGAUUUUGUCCGAGAAGGUGUCGUCGCAGAGGGAUAGGCGGCGGGGGAGGGUCGGCGUCUGGCGGCCGCAUUUGGAGAGCAUCUCGGAGGUUCUCGAAUGAAGUCUAAAUAUGAAGUUCUCUUUUUUUCUCUCUCUCUCUUUCCUUUUGUUUAAUUCCUCUUUUUUUUUUUUUGUGGUCUAUUAUUAGUUUUAAAGAAUCUUCUAAGCUGCUUUCAGAGGUGGUGAUGUCUUCGUAAAGAUAUAUACAACACCGUUCUUUGCUUCUUAUUUCUUUCAUGCGUUGUAGGUGAUUGAUUACAAUUAAGCGAGUCCGGUUGUCUAGUCUUUUUUUCUUUUGGUUGCAUG